CGACCCGCAUUUCCUUAUUUCUCUAAAGUAAAACACGUAAGGUUUGGCUGAAGUGUAUUGAGCUUGUUUUAGCAGUUUGUUCUUGUUUUCUCUCAAACUCACAGUUUGAUCUUUGGAUAAUGAAAGUGUUCAUUAUAUUAUCGUUUAUUAUCAACUUGGUGUGUCCCACGGUUUACAAUUAUCAUGUCUUCGUCUAUGGCACGCUGAAGAAAGGCCAGCCCAAUCACUCCAUAAUAAUCAACACCACCAUCGGUCAGGCCGAGUUCCUCUCUCACGCUCGAACCGUAGAGCAAUACCCACUUGUGAUCGCCACCAAAAACAACUACCCCUUCCUGCUCAAUGUGCCUGGUAAGGGUAAGCUUGUCCACGGUGAGAUCUACUCUGUAGACCAGAAGAUGCUGGACUUCCUGGACGAGUUUGAAGAAUGUCCUGAGUUGUACCAGCGCACCAAGGUCCAGCUGGAGGUGCAGGACGGGGACGGUGAAGGAGAAAACACACUGAAGCCUGGAAGCAUCGAGGAAGCGUUUUUGUACAGCACGAAUACAUAUGAACCUGAGUGGCUCCAGAAACCAACAUAUGAUAAUUAUGAUACGAACGGUGAUCACGGACUGCCAUAUCAUGAGGACACAAGCCCUGAGUAAUGAUUGUACAGCUGCUGCUUACCAGGGUCCAAAAUUGACAAUUUAACAACCUGUCAGUGUCACAUCAAUUUACCAUUUAGAUUUUUUACACUUAUGUGUGUGUUUUCUUAAGAGUAGUGGUUGUCACUCCAGUAAUGUAUAUCUAGAUAACAGGUGUAUUUGUACAUAAGCUGUAGAAGUGUUCAUUAUUAUGAGUUUUCUAAACUACACUUUUACUAAAAAAUCAUUAAUUCAGAGUGUUUUCUUUCUUUUUCUUAAAUAUAAAUGACAACAAAUGCA